GGGACGGACGGAUGGAUCAAAGAUGGCUUACAGAAUUGGAUUUAACAUCAGUUACGCUCCAUUCAUUUAACGAAUUUUUUGCGAGAAAAAUCAAGGACUCACAAGUGACAGCGGGGCAGGCGCGGGGUCAAAACGCCGUCGCUGGCUUUGUCACGCUCGACGCACUGUGCCCGCAUACUUCCUUGUGUUUUCGCUUUUUUAACCCUGCUUGUGGUCUCAACUAGCUAGCUAGCUACCCAGCUAGCUAUUUGUAAAUAUUAUUCUUUAUAAAAUGGCCACCAUGGAGAAAUUGAUGAAGGCCUUCGAGUCUCUCAAGUCAUUCCAGCAACAGCAGGGACCACCGUCGGCUGAAGAGCUUGUGCAAAAACAGAAGAAAGAUCUCGCCACUACCAAGAAGGACCGUGUGACUCACUGUCUCACUAUAUGUGAAAACAUCGUGGCACAGUCCCUGAGGACUUCCCCGGAGUUCCAGAAACUGCUGGGCAUCGCCAUGGAGAUGUUCCUGCUGUGCAGUGAUGACAGCGAGUCGGACGUCAGGAUGGUGGCCGACGAGUGUCUCAACAAGAUCAUUAAAGCACUCAUGGACUCCAACCUUCCUCGACUGCAGCUGGAGCUCUACAAGGAGAUCAAGAAGAACGGUGCCUCCCGGAGCCUGCGGGCAGCCCUGUGGAGGUUCGCCGAGCUCUGCCACCUGGUGCGGCCCCAGAAAUGCAGGCCCUACCUGGUGAACCUCCUGCCCUGCCUGACCCGGAUCAGCAAGCGGCCGGAGGAGGCUGUGCAGGAGACCCUCGCCGUCGCCGUCCCCAAGAUCAUGGCGGCGCUUGGGCACUUUGCCAACGACAGCGAGAUCAAGGUGCUGCUGAGGGCGUUCGUGGCCAACCUGAAGCUGGCGUCGCCGACGAUCCGCCGCACGGCGGCCAGCGCGGCGGUCAGCGUGUGCCAGCACUCGCGGCGGACGCAGUACUUCUACACCUGGCUGCUGAACGUGCUGCUCGGGCUCCUGGUGCCGGUGGAUGAGGAGCACUCCAGCUCCCUGAUCCUCGGGGUGCUGCUGACGCUGCGCUACCUGAUGCCCCUGCUGCAGCAGCAGGUCAAAGACACCGGCCUAAAGGGCAGCUUCGGGGUGACGCAUAAAGAGGCGGACAUCUCCCCCACCUGCGAGCAGCUGAUCCAGGUGUACGAGCUGACCCUGCACUACACGCAGCACUGCGACCACAACGUGGUGACGGCCGCGCUGGAGCUGCUGCAGCAGAUCCUCCGGACGCCGCCGCCUGAGCUCCUCCACGCCCUCGUCACGCCCGGCGGCGUCGCCUCCGUCACCGUGUCCCGCGACGAGGCCGAGAGCCGCGCCCGCAGCGGCAGCAUCCUGGAGCUCAUCGCUGGAGGAGGGUCUUCAUGCAGUCCGCUUCUCCUCAGGAAACAGAAAGGCAAGAUGCUCUCAGGAGAGGAGGAGGGGCUAGAGGACGACACAGAGACCAGGUCAGAGGUCAGCACUGGUGCCCUCACAGCCUCGGUGGCCUCGUCGUCGUCGGGCGUGUCCACGCUGGCCUCGGUGGACAUCAUCACGGAGCAGCCGCGCUCCUCCCAGCGCGGACUGCAGCCGGCGGAGCCCGCCGACCUCAGCUCCUCCCCCCAGCAGGGCAGCGGCGCCGACACGCCCGAGGACGAGGACGAGGACACGCUGAGCCGCGGCUCCAGCCAGAUCAACAGCGGCGGCACGCUCAGCACCAACCACCUGGCGCCCUCGCCGCCCAGCGACAGCUCGCACACCACCACCGAGGGGCCCGACAUGGCCGUCACACCCUCCGACUGCGCCGAGCUCGUGCUGGAUGGCAGUGAGAGUCAGUACUCAGGGAUGCAGAUCGGGACGCUGCAGGACGAGGAAGAGGAGGAGGCAGGGACGAACACCGCCUCAGAGGAACCAGUGCAGCUCUUCUCCCAGUCCGCCCUGGCCCUGAGCAAGCCUCACCUGGUGGAAGGCAAGGGCCACAGCCGGCAGUCCUCCGACAGCAGCGUGGACAGAUUCAUACCAAAGGAGGAAGUGGUAGAGUCAGCGGAACUGGAGAACAAGCCGUCCAGAAUUAAAGGAGAGAUUGGGCACUACACUGACCAGAAAGCCGAGCCACUAGUCCACUGCAUGCGGCUUCUCUCUGCCUCCUUUCUCCUAACUGGACAGAAGGAUGGCCUGGUCCCGGACAAGGAGGUGCGCGUGAGCGUGAAGGCUUUGGCCGUGAGCUGUGUGGGGGCGGCCACUGCCCUGCACCCCGAGGCCUUCUUCAACAGACUGUACAGAGAGCCCCUGGAAGGCCUGCAGCCGGAUGAACAGCAGUACAUAAGUGACAUAUUAAAGUAUAUAGAGCACGGAGACCCUCAGAUCCGUGGAGCAACUGCAGUCCUGUGUGGAACCAUCGUUUACUCCAUACUCAACAAGUCCCGGUUCAAUGUUGAGCCCUGGCUCGCCAACGUCAAAAGCUCGACAGGAAACCCCGUCUCUCUGGUGGACUGUGUGCCUUUGCUGCAGAGGAGUCUGAAGGACGAGUCCUCCGUCACUUGCAAGAUGGCGUGCCUGGCUGUCAGGCACUGUAUCAUGGCCCUGUGUAACAGUAGCUUCGGUGAGCUGGGCCUUCAGCUGGUCAUCGAUCUCCUGGCCCUCAGGGACUGCUCCUAUUGGCUGGUCCGGACGGAGCUGCUGGAGACGCUGGCUGAGAUGGAUUUUCGGUUGGUGAGUUUUCUGGAGAGGAAAACUGAAAGCUUGCACAAAGGAGAGCACCACUACACCAGGCUGCUGAAGCUGCAGGAUCGAGUGCUGAAUGACGUGGUCAUCCACUUCCUGGGGGACGAGGACCCGCGUGUGCGCCACGCGGCAGCGGCGACCGUCAGCAGGCUGAUCCCCAGGCUGUUCUACGACUGCGACCAGGGCCAGGCGGACCCCGUCGUGGCCAUCGCCCGGGACCAGAGCAGCGUGCACCUGCAGCUGCUGAUGCACGAGACCCAGCCCCCGUCCCACUUCACCGUCAGCACCAUCACCAGGACUUACAGAGGCUACAACAUUCCCCAGAGCGCGUCAGAUGUCACGGUGGAGAACAGCCUGUCCCGGGUGAUCACGGCCGUGUCCCACGCGCUCGCCUCUUCCACCUCCAGAGCCCUCACGUUUGGCUGCUGCGAAGCCCUGUGCCUCCUGUCCUCCGCAUUCCCAGUGUGCACCUGGAGUGUGGGCUGGCACUGCGGGUACGUCGGCUCCCUCGUCAGCCAGGCUCAUCGCUCUAGCCUCUACAAGAACAGAGGCCGCUCUCUCAGUGUGCCCCAGUCAGGCUCUGGGGAGGAGGGGAGGAAGAGCUGCACGAUGGGCAUGGCCAGCAUGGUGCUGUCGCUGCUGUCCUCGGCCUGGUUCCCGCUCGACCUGUCUGCACAUCAGGACGCUCUGCUGCUCACCGGAAACCUCCUCGCAGCCGUGGCCCCCAAAUGCAUGAGGAGCCCGCUGACUGGCGAGGAGGAGUCUGGCACAGGGGCGAAGCAGGAGGAGCCGUGGCCAGCGCUGAGCGACCGCUCCGCGGUCGCCAUGGUGGAGCAGCUCUUCUCCCACCUCCUCAAGGUCCUCAAUAUCUGCGCCCACGUGCUGGACGACGUGUCCCCUGGCCUGGCCGCCAAGGCCACACUGCCCUCCCUGUCCAAUACCCCGUCCCUGAGUCCCAUCCGCAGGAAGGGCAAAGAGAAGGAGCCCGCUGAGCCCAGCGCCGCCCCCAUGAGCCCCAAAAAGAGCAGCGAGGGUAACCCAGCAGCCAGAGCUGCAGACAGUACAGGGACUACCACUGUCAACAAGUCCACCACACUGGGCAGCUUCUACCACCUACCCCCCUACCUGAAGCUGUAUGACGUGCUGAAGGCCACUCACGCCAACUACAAGGUAACACUAGACCUUCACAACGCCAACGAGAAGUUCGGCAGCUUCCUGAGGGCGGCGCUGGACGUCCUGUCCCAGCUGCUGGAGCUCGCCACCCUCCAUGACAUUGGAAAGUGUGUAGAGGAGAUCCUGGGGUACCUGAAGUCCUGCUUCUCCAGAGAGCCCACCAUGGCCACUGUCUGUGUUCAGCAGCUGCUGAAAACCCUGUUUGGGACGAAUCUGGUGGCUCAGUACGACGGCGUCUGGUCCAACCCCUGCAAGUCCCAGGGCAAGGCCCUGCGCCUGGGCUCGUCCAGCCUGCGGCCGGGGCUCUACCACUACUGCUUCAUGGCCCCCUACACCCACUUCACCCAGGCGCUGGCCGACGCCAGCCUGCGCAACAUGGUGCAGGCGGAGCAGGAGCAGGACGCCUCGGGGUGGUUUGAUGUGAUGCAGAAGGUGUCCAGCCAGCUCAGGUCAAGCAUCACCAACGUCACCCGUCACAAAGGGGACAAGAAUGCCAUCCACACCCACAUCCGGCUGUUUGAGCCGCUGGUGAUCAAGGCCCUGAAGCAGUACACCACCAGCACCUCCGUCUCACUGCAGAGACAGGUCCUGGACCUGCUGGCCCAGCUGGUGCAGCUGCGGGUCAACUACUGCCUGCUGGACUCAGAUCAGGUCUUUAUUGGAUUUGUGCUGAAGCAGUUUGAGUACAUAGAAGUGGGCCAGUUCAGGGACUCGGAAGCCAUCGUCCCCAGCAUCUUCUUCUUCCUGGUGCUGCUGUCCUACGAGCGCUACCACUCCAAGCAGAUCAUCAGCAUCCCCAAAAUCAUCCAGCUGUGCGACGGCAUCAUGGCCAGCGGCAGGAAGGCUGUCACUCACGCGAUACCGGCUCUGCAGCCCAUAGUCCACGACCUGUUCGUGCUGCGCGGCUGCAACAAGGCGGACGCGGGCCGGGAGCUGGAGACGCAGAAGGAGGUGGUGGUGUCCAUGCUGCUGCGCCUCAUUCAGCACCACCAGGUGCUGCAGAUGUUCAUCCUGGUGCUGCAGCAGUGUCACAAGGAGAACGAGGACAAGUGGAAGAGGCUGUCGCGGCAGAUCGCCGACAUCAUCCUGCCCAUGAUCGCCAAGCAGCAGAUGCUGCUGGACUCCCAUGAGGCCCUGGGUGUGCUGAACACUCUGUUUGAGACGGUGGCGCCCUCCUCCUUGCGUCCUGUGGACAUGCUGCUGAAGAGCAUGUUCGUGACCCCCGCCACCAUGGCGUCCGUGGGCACCGUGCAGCUGUGGGUCUCCGGCAUCCUGGCAGUGCUCCGUGUCCUCAUCUCCCAGUCCACCGAGGACAUUGUGCUGUCCCGCGUGCAGGAGCUCUCCCUGUCCCCCUUCCUCCUCUCCUGCCACGUCGUCGAGAGGCUGCGGGCGGACGGCCACCAGACCCCGCCCUCCGAGGAGGAGCCCGACGGGGACUCCCCACGCCACCCCCCAGAAGAGGCCUUCUCUAGGUUCCUGCUGCAGCUGGUGGGGGUUCUGCUGGAGGAGAUCUCCUGCAAGCGGGUGAAGCUGGACAUGAGCGAGCAGCAGCACACCUUUUACUGCCAGCAGCUGGGCACUCUGCUCAUGUGCCUCAUCCACAUCUUCAAGUCAGGCAUGUUCCGGCGGAUUACGGCGGCGGCCACCAAGCUGCUGAAGGUGGAGGGAGGCGAGGGCAGCUUCUACGCCCUGGGGGGCCUGAACGGCAUGGUGCAGUCCCUCAUCACCACCCACCCCUCCCUGGUGCUGCUCUGGUGCCAGGUCCUUCUUGUCAUCGACUACACCAACUACACCUGGUGGUCCGAGGUGCACCAGACACCCAGAAGGCACAGUCUGUCCAGCACCAAGCUGCUGAGCCCCCACUCCUCCGGGGACGGGGAGGACGAGCGGCCGGACUGCAGGCUGGCCAUGUGCAGCCGGGAGAUCGUCCGCAGGGGCGCCCUCAUCCUCUUCUGCGACUACGUGUGCCAGAACCUCCAUGACUCGGAGCACCUGACCUGGCUGAUCGUGAACCACGUGCGGGACCUGAUCAACCUGUCCCAUGAGCCCCCUGUGCAGGACUUCAUCAGCGCCGUCCACCGCAACUCUGCAGCCAGCGGCCUCUUCAUCCAGGCCAUACAGUCCCGCUGCGAGAACCUCUCCACCCCCACCAUGCUGAAGAAGACCCUGCAGUGCCUGGAGGGCAUCCACCUCAGCCAGUCGGGGGCGCUGCUCAUGCUGUACGUGGACAAGCUGAUGAGCACGCCGUUCCGCGUGCUGGCGCGCAUGGUGGACACGCUGGCCUGCCGCCGUGUGGAGAUGCUGCUGGCCGAGACGCUGCAGAACAGCAUAGCCCAGCUACCCGUGGAAGAACUGGACAGAAUUCAGGAAUACCUCCAGAGCAGUGGCCUAGCUCAGAGGCACCAGAGGCUGUACUCCCUGCUGGACAGGUUCCGAGCCUCUGUGGCUGAAGACACGAGCAGCCCUCCCCCUCCCGUUACCUCACACCCGCUGGACGGGGACCCUCCCCCCGCCCCCGAAACGGUCACUGCCAAUAAGGACUGGUUCGUGGCUCUGGUGAAAUCCCAGUGCUGCCUGAACAGUGACACAGCCCUUUUGGAAACCACUGACCUUCUGACCAAACUGCCCCAGGCUGACCUCUCCUCCAUCAUGUCCUGCAAGGAGUUUAACGUGAACCUGCUGUCGCCGUGUCUGAGCGUGGGGGUGCAGCGGCUCUCCCGGGACCAGGGCGCCGUCCUGCUGGAGACGUCCCUGCGGGUCACCCUGGAGCGCCUCUCAGGCACCCUGCAGCCGCUGCCGGUCCCGCACCAGCCCUUCCUGCCCCCCUCCUACCCCACGCCGUCCGCCUACUGGGACAAGCUCGCCGACGUUUACGGAGAGCCGUCUUUCUACCAGACGGUGGUGAGCCUGUGCAGAGCCCUGAGUCAGUACCUGCUGGCCCUGCCCACUCUCCCCGCGGCCUUCCACAUCCCCAGCGAUAAGGAGGCUCUCAUCACCAAGUUCACCACAGUGGCCCUGGAGGUGGUGUCGUGGUGCGUGCUGCAGGACCAGGUGCCCCUGAGCUUGGACCUGCAGGCGGUCCUAUCCUGCUGCUGCCUGGCCCUGCAGCGGCCGGCCAUCUGGACCCUGCUGGCCUCCGCCGCCUACGUCAGCCGCACCUGCUCCGUCAUCCAGUGCGUCCGGCUGCUCGUCCUCGCAGUGGCCGUGGAGCCGGGAGACCAGCUGCUUCGGCGGGGACAGAAGAGGACGUCCUCGGAGAGAGGGGCGGAGGACGACCAGGUGGACGCCCCUUCCAAAGACAGUGCGUGUGUGAAGCGGGCCUGUGAGGUGAUGGCGGAGCUGGUGGAGGCCCUGCAGAGCAUCCUGGCCGCGGGGCACCCCAGGAACAGUAGGAUCCCGGCCUUCCUCACCCCGACUCUGCGCAACGUCAUCAUCAGCCUGGCCAGGCUGCCGCUGGUCAACAGCUACACCAGAGUGCCCCCGCUGGUCUGGAAGCUGGGCUGGUCCCCCAGGCCUGGUGGAGAGCUAGGCACAGCGCUGCCGGAGAUCCCUGUGGAGUUCCUGCAGGAGAAGGACGUCUUCAGGGAGUUCCUGUAUCGCAUAAACACCCUGGGGUGGAGCAGCAGGACUCAGUUUGAGGAGACCUGGGCCGCUCUGCUGGGGGUGCUGGUGACACAGCCCAUCGCCAUGGACCAGGAGGAGGAGAACCAGCAGGAGGAGGACCUGGAGCGGACGCAGAUCAACGUGCUUGCGGUGCAGGCCAUCACGUCUCUGGUGCUGAGCGCCAUGACCGUCCCCGUGGCCGGGAACCCCGCGGUCAGCUGCCCGGAGCAGCAGCCCCGCAACAAGACCCUGAAAGCCCUGGACACCCGGUUCGGGAGGAAGCUGAGCGUGAUCCGGGGUAUCGUGGAGCAGGAGAUCCAGGCUAUGGUGUCCAAGAGGGACAACAUCGCCACGCACUUUCCCUACCAGGCCUGGGACCCCGUGCCGUCCCUGUCCUCCGCCCCUGCUGCAGGUACCCUAAUCAGCCAUGAGAAGCUGCUCCUUCAGAUCAACACAGAGAGAGAGCUGGGCAAUAUGGACUACAAAUUGGGCCAGGUGUCCAUCCACUCGGUGUGGCUGGCCAACAACAUCACGCCCCUGAGGGAGGAGGAGUGGGGCGAGGAUGAGGAGGAUGAGACGGACGCCCCCGCCCCCACGUCGCCCCCCACGUCCCCGGUGAACUCCAGGAAGCACCGCGCCGGCGUGGACAUCCAUUCCUGCUCCCAGUUCCUGCUGGAGCUCUACACCCAGUGGAUCCUGCCCGGCAGCCCCAACAGCAGGAAGAGCCCGGUCAUCCUGAUCAGCGAGGUGGUGCGCUCGCUGCUGGCUGUGUCCGACCUGUUCACCGAGAGGAACCAGUUUGAGAUGAUGUUCAACACGCUGACCGAGCUCCAGAAGGUCCACCCCCCCGAGGACGAGAUCCUCAACCAGUACCUGGUGCCAGCCAUCUGCAAGGCUGCGGCCGUCCUUGGCAUGGAUAAGCGGCUGGCGGAGCCGGUGUGCCGGCUGCUGGAGGCUACACUGCGCAGCACGCACCUCCCCAGCCGCAUGGGCGCGCUGCACGGCGUGCUGUACGUGCUGGAGUGCGACCUGCUGGACGACACCGCCAGGCAGCUCGUCCCCGCCGUCUGCGACUACCUGCUGUCCAACCUGCGCGCCGUCGCACACUGUGUCAGCCUACACAACCAGCAGCAUGUCCUGGUGAUGUGCGCGGCCGCCUUCUACAUGAUGGAGAACUACCCGCUGGACGUGGGAUCAGAGUUCACCGCCGGCAUCAUCCAGAUGUGCGGCGUGAUGGUGUCAGCCAGCGAGGAGGCCACGCCCUCGGCGGUGUACCACUGCGUCCUGCGGGGCCUGGAGCGCCUCCUGCUGUCCGAGCAGCUGUCACGGCUGGACGCGGAGGCGCUGGUCAAGCUGAGUGUGGACCGGGUCAACAUGCCCAGCCCCCACCGCGCCAUGGCUGCUCUGGGCCUAAUGCUCACCUGCAUGUACACAGGGAAGGAGAAAUGCAGCCCAGGGCACACGGCCGACACUGACCCCACCGCACCGGACAGCGAGUCGGUCAUCGUCGCCAUGGAGCGCGUCUCGGUGCUCUUUGACAGGAUUAGGAAAGGCUUCCCUUUCGAGGCCCGGGUGGUGGCACGGAUCCUACCCCAGUUCCUGGAUGACUUCUUCCCGCCCCAGGAUGUCAUGAACAAGGUCAUCGGGGAGUUCCUGUCCAAUCAGCAGCCCUACCCCCAGUUUAUGGCCACCGUGGUCUACAAGGUUUUCCAGACGCUGCAUGCCACGGGCCAGUCCUCCAUGGUGCGGGACUGGGUCCUGCUGUCCCUCUCCAACUUCACCCAGAGGACCCCGGUGGCCAUGGCCAUGUGGAGUUUGUCCUGCUUCUUCGUCAGCGCCUCCACAAGCCAGUGGAUCUCCGCUCUCCUGCCCCACGUCAUCAGCCGCAUGGGCAAGUCGGACGUGGUUGACGUCAACCUCUUCUGCCUGGUGGCCAUGGACUUCUACAGGCACCAGAUCGACGAGGAGCUGGACCGCCGGGCCUUCCAGUCCGUCUUCGAGGUGGUGGCCACGCCGGGCAGCCCCUACCACCAGCUGCUCGCCUGUCUGCAGAGCAUCCACCAGGUCACCUCGUUCUGAGCUGACCCCAGACCUGUGCACAGACUGACAAAACAGAGAGAGAGAGAAAGAAGCAGCCGUACUGACAGAGAGAGAAGGGCACGUCAGACAGCCAGAAAGCAAUACAGUAAAGACAGAUACAGACAUGCUGACAGAGAAAGAAAAGAGUUUCUGACACACAGAUAUACAACAAGAAGGGGUGGGGGAGGGGAUAGGUUUGGAGAGGCGCGGUGGGAGGUUCUGAUGCCUCUGCAUCUGGGCCAGCACUGCGAGUUACCUGGAAAAGCAUCCACAGACCCCACUUCCUGUGAAACUCUUCCUCACCCCCAUACCUGAGGGAAGGUAUACCUUUUGACACCACAGUGACAACACAUUGUCUCUCAGGCUUGUAUGAGUUCUGCUUGUACCACUGUCUCACAGCUCUUUCCCUGCACGGACUGAACACUUCUCUAUACUGUACAUAUGAGCCCCUCCUGCACUUGAAAGAAUAUGAAAUGGAUGAAUAUGAAAUGAAUCCACACGCGUGUCCCUGGCGGGAACGCUCAAGCCAUGACACAAAGACAAAGUACAUUCUAUAUUUGAAGAGUUGAGGAAAAUAAUUCUAUUUUUCAGGUGCAUUUUUGUUACAGAAUAUUGAAAAGAUUAUUAACCGGCAAAGGGCUGUCAUUGGAAGGACUAUAAGCCUGUUUGAUAUAGAUGAUGUGAAGUUUUUAGUCCAUCAUACCCUUUAACAUUGAGAGUGAGAGAAAGAGGAGAGCAGAAAUGAAAAGGUUUGUAUGGAAGCAGCGAAAUGCGUCUUAAAGGCGGAGAUUGGGAUGGCAUCCACCGCAGAUGACACAACAGAUCACCAUCUCCCUUUCACAGGUUUUCCGUUCCCUGUUUGACAUAAAGUGUAUUUAUAAAGAAGCAAGUAUAAGACGCAUACCCAACCCCUCUUUGGUUCUCAGGAUGUAAGGUGGUGAUACAGACUGGAAAGUGUCUUUUCAGUGAAAAUUUAGAUACUGUGUAAAAUAUGUACAAAUGUAAAGCCUGUGUGCCGCAUGAUCUUCUGUGUUUAAAAGAAGACAGAGGAGCCCUGAAAAUGAGCAAGGCCACCGUUUUUGAUUGUCUCUCUGUUCCUGCACACGAUGAACGCCGGGAGCGUGCACCUUCUCUGUGUUGUGUGAAAUGUAUGCGUUUUUAAGCGUCUUUUUUUCCCCCCCCUCUCCCUCAUUUGAAUCAAAAUCGUCCACGGCAAGCAGUAAUUGAACUACUGAAUUAGUACAGCGUAAUUUGUACUAUAAAUCAUAGGCUGUGUGUCUCUGUUACUUUCUUGCAUUUUUUUAAACUGAUGUUUUAAUGUGUGAAGGGUGGUUGUGAACAGAGUAGGUGCUUAACUGUAAAUACAGAUCUUACGCAAAGACUGAAUGUGUCGCACAUGUUAAAGCUGAAGCAUGCGAUAUUCCGCUUUUAAAUGACAAUUAUUUUCCUACGUUGCGUCGGGCUGCCUUGUGAGUGGGUGCUGCUCGGGUGAGUGUGAUUGCAAAGGGGACGCGGUUCUGGCAGCACAGCGACGUCAUGAAGAGGGGUCAGCCGUCCGUUAGCGUCUCAGACCUUUGAACAGCGUUCACUCCUUUCAGACUUCUAACGGGCUCCCAUGCUUUCUCCGUGACCAUACUCAGCCUCUUAGCACUUAGACUUGAAGCGUACGCAUAUAGAUUGUCUUAAUACAGCUUUGUUCUUUGUCGUUGGGACUGUCCAGUUGCUCACUGUUGAAGGCAAAGCCAUUAACAGGGCUUCACAGGCAUAGUUAAUUUUACAGCAAAGGGUAAUGUUACAGGUUUGUUUUAUUUGCAGUAUGAAUCAAUGUGAUGUAUUUGUACUAUGAGUAGGUAGCUGAGCACCCUGGGUUGGUAGCUGUUUUCAAGAAUCAUGUGGUUUAAUAUAAGAGAGAGGCUUUUUUAGACACUGUUUGAUCCUCGUGAUAAGUCAUAUUCAUGUGAUGGUGAGGAUAUAAUGAAACCCUUAUUAGUUUUUCUCCAUUUACAAUGUCCUGAAACAGAAUUUUCCCUGAGUACAAACUACAUUUUAAUCCCCUCCACCUCCCCACACUUACUAGAUUUGCUACUUCGGGAUUAUUUGUUCGAUUUCAGCAUUAUCACUGCCCUCUCUCCUCUCGUUCACUCACUCUGUGUAUUUUCAGUUGAAAGUUUGCAGAUGUGGAGCGAAAGCAUCGGUCCCAUGUGACAAUAAAGAGCAUCAGGAUGUUCCCACAAUGUCUUUCUUCAGGGAAGUUUGAUGGAUUUAGCAAAGCUCAGGUUAAGAUGGUACUGAUCUGUUUUUUUUUUGGUAUAUACGUUAUUUUUAUUUGUCAGACUCUCCGUAUGUAAGUUCUGUUGUAUGUGAUCAAAGCAGGCAGGAAGGUGAGCGGGAUC